CUGCUGCGUCUAUUCUGUGCAGUUCUUGCGAAUUGAGAACACCUCAUAAAUGAAGUCAUCAUCUUAGAAAAGUCGCAAGAAUUCGUACGACUUUAGUUCAUACCGUAAAAUAUUGGACCAAGGGAGACAGGAGACGAAGCUGCUUUGGGCUGCAAAAAAUUACUAUAUAUAACAGAUUGCUUUGCAUACUUUUUUAAUGAUUCGCAAAAUUUAAUGCUCGGACAAAUGAAGUCUCCUUUGUGGAAGCUGAAAAAUUUGACGCUGAAUAAAAGCGAGCUCAAGGAAAAUUGGGAUCGCCGUGCUCUGAGUAUAGAUGGGCUGUCUCAAGCUGCAAAGGACAUGAAAGAAAUGAGAGCUUGGCAUGAUAGAUUACUGUCUGCAGCUGCUGCUACAGCAAAUAGUGCUUAUGAUUGUUUCUAUUUUCAGAGUUUUCAGAGUCGUUGCUGGAGAUGGGAAACUGUCUACUGGAGAAAACUGCUAUAAAUGAUCUUGGAGAAAGUGGCAGAGUAUUAUUUAUGCUGGGAGGCGUGCAGCUUCAACUCCAAAAACUUGUUGAUAGCUAUCGGUCUCAUAUAAUCCGUACAAUAACAAACCCAUCCGAGUCCCUUCUCAGUGAGCUGCGGAAAGUGGAGGAGAUGAAAUUGCAAUGUGAUGAGAAGAGAGAGAUGUUUGAAUGCAUAGUGGGACAACAUAGAGAAAAGGGAAGGUCAAGACAUGGAAAAGAGCCGAAUUUUACUUCACAGCAAUUGCAGGUUGCUCGUGAAGAAUAUGAUGAGGCUUCAAGGCUUUGCAUUUUUCGUCUUGAAUCAUUGAAGCAAGGGCAAUCACGGAGUCUUUUAACACAGGCGGCUCGCCAUCAUGCUGCACAGUUUAAUCUUUUCCGGAGAGGUUUUCUUACUCUCGAAGCAGUAGAGCCACAUAUCGAAGAUGUCGCCAUAAAGCAACAUAUUGAUUACAAGCUACGUAGAUCGGAUGAUGUGGAAGUUUCGUAUGAUGAAAGGAACAGUUUCCAGACUAAUGAUGAUGGAGAAAUAAGUUUUGACUAUCGACAAACUGGGGAGAUAGAAAAUGCUUAUACACCAAAGAGUUCUAUGCAGAUAAAGUUUGGGAAAAACCAAGUCGAGAAAAGUCCCCGUCCACAACCUCGAGUAAGUAGCUAUUCAGCUCCAAUAUAUGCAGAGAAGUUUGAUGCUGCUGAAAGACUUAAAGAAAUGCAGGCAGCGGUACAGAAACUUAAUAUGAAUGUGCUUCCAACUCCUGCUGCUGAAAAGAGUUCGACCUCAAAAACAAGUAAUUCUGCGAUCCUGUCAACUCCUACAGGCAUUAGUAUAAACUCCAAAAACCCUUGGCAUUCAUCCCCACUCGAUAUUAAGAAGAGUGGAAAAUUCACUGAACAUAAGAAGAGUCCAUUUGUCCCACUACCUCGUCCUUUGGCUGAGCGAGCUACAGUCUCACAAUGGGAUACUCAAGGUGGAUAUGAUAUUCAAAAAAGACAAUCUAUUUCUGGUCCAUUGUCAAGUAAACCAUUGUAUAGCAAGCCUCUGUCAUCUAUCAGUGGACCCACUGGCUCUACUGAAUCACCUCAAAUGGUUUCUGGAUUACUUUCUCGCUUACCUCUCCCCCCGCCAAAUGUGUCCUAUGGUGCUUCUCCCCCGCUUGCAUCUUCACCAAAAAUAAAUGAGCUUCACGAGCUCCCCAGGCCCCCCGAUUUCUUAGGCUCCAAGACUGUGCAAACUUCUGCUGUAUUUGGGCACUCUGCCACCCUCGUCAACAGGACUCAAGAAAUGUCUCCAACAAAUAUGAGUCCUUUGCCAUCACCAAAAAUGGGGUCUCCACUUCCACUUCCUCCACUAACUGUUCCUCAACGUUUCUCCAUGCACUCUAGUCAACAGAAAGCAAUGCCUAUACAUGCAGGGAAGGUGUUUGAAUCUUCUCAAUUUGAAGACAAAAUGGAAGAAGUGAGUUCUCCUCCAUUAACACCCAUUUUGCUAUCAAAUAUGAAAUCCCCAGAUUCCGGACAGAUGAGAGGUAGAUUUAAUGCUGCAUUGAUACCAGUUUGUACUUGUACGUAGACUGUAUUUUCUUUUUACUAUUUUUAAUUGACAUCAUGAUGAAUAUUUCGAACAUGUCAGGGCCUUGUAUACGAUAAAUCACUAUAUACAUCAUUUUGAAUUUCUUA